CUUUCAGCAGCUUGACCAAUUCACUGAUGAUGAAAAUCGAUAAGGGAAAAAAGGCAACUGACAAAAUCUUAACUCGAGCCCUGGAGAUCAUCUACCUGCUGUCUGGCGAGGUUUCAGUCUUGCAGCAUUUGAUGAAUUCACUGAUGGUGAAAGAGAUGAACAAGGAUGAAAAGAUAAUGUCUGAAAGAAUCUUGAAUCACACCCUGGAGAUUAUCUUUUUGUUAACCGGAGAGGAAUACACUAUUGUGAAAAAAAAUUCCCUCUACAGCAACAUUCAUGCUUUGAAUGGAAAGGUCCCUAUAACGUAUGAUGAUGUUGCAGUGUAUUUUUCUAUGGAGGAGUGGGAGUAUAUAGAAGAACACAAGGAACUUUACAUGGAUGUAAUGAUGGAGGUUCCUCUGACAUGCAGGACUGCUGAAAAUCCUACUCAACACUACUCUACUGCAACUAAAGAAAAAUUAGACAAAUUGCUAGUGAAAGAGGAAGAAGAUACACAAAUUGUAGAUAUUCAGCAGGUCAACAUAUUUUCAACCCCCUAUGAAGUUCUACCUAAUGAAAAUCUAGAAGUUAUUUCACUAAAGGUGGAAGAAGAGAACAUUCAGAUGGUCAACAUCUGCUCAGUGCCCUAUAAAGGUGACAUUAAAACAGAAAUUACUGAGAAUGCUGAAAAAGGAGAAGAUUUGCGUGGAAGGAGUCUGGUAAAAGAACUGAAGCAGGACAUCUGUGACAAUAUCAGCAGAGAUGUAUGUAUGAGCUAUAAUAUUCCUGAAAAGCAUCAGCAGGCAGUUAACUAUAUCAACACAUCUAGAAAUGAAAACUGCAAAGUUCCACUAAAUGACAAAAACUCUUCAGAAAAACAGUAUAAUUGCAAUGAAGGCAAUUCUCAAGAACAUGAACAGUUUAAUCACACAAGAAGGAAAAAGAUUCAUACGCAGAACAAAUCAUUAUGUUCAGAAUGCGGAAAAUGGUUUACAUGUAGAUUGGAAUUGACACAACAUCAGAGCAUUCAUGAAGUUAAAAAAACAUUUUUCUGUACCGUCUGUGGGAAAACUUUUACCCAGAAAAUUAACCUUAUUACACAUCAAAGGACGCAUACUGGUGAAAAACCGUUCACUUGUUCUGAAUGCGGGAAAUGUUUUACUUUUCAGCAAUCUUUUAUUCGUCAUCAGAAAAUCCAUAGAGGAGACAAAAAAUUUUCAUGUUCUGUAUGUGGAAAAUGUUUUAUUAUGCAGCACUCGCUUAUUACACAUCAGAGAACACACACUGGGGAAAAGCCAUUUUCAUGUUCUGAAUGUGGGAAAUCUUACACUUUGAAACAAACCCUUAUAAGGCAUCAGAUAAUUCAUACAGGAGAGAGACCUUUUUCUUGUUCUGAAUGUGGGAAAUGUUUUACUUGGCAGCAUUCUCUCACAACACACCAGAAAACCCAUACUGGUAAGAAACCGUUUGUAUGUUCUGAGUCUGACUAUGAAAAAAGUUUUAGUCACCAACAAACACUUAUUAGUAAAUCAGAAAAGUAAUUUAAGAAAGAUAUAAUAAAAAUAUUCUGAAUAAGAGAAUAUGUUUUACAUGGCGGCAUUCUCUCACAACACACCAGAAAACCCAUAUGGGUAUGAAAAUGUUAGUAUGUUCUGAAUAUGAGAACAGUUUUAGUUACCAAACACUUAUGACAAAUCAGAAAAGUAAUUUAAGAAAUAUAGAAUUCAAAUAUUCUGAAUAAGGAAA